GUGCGCGAGGGGCGCGCGUGCAGACCACAGUUUGCUGGUAACAGCUGCGUGAAUUCACCGUUGUCUGCCUUCUACGACUCGAUAUAAAUGGGAUGAGAAACUGAAACAGUACAUGCAUCGCAAUGAUAAGGAGGAUAAAACCUCGCGCGAGACCAAGAGAAAUCUAACGUUAUUCUGACAGCUUCUCUCUCAAAGACUACUGCGAAGGAAUGAAGAGCAAUGCUUUGAACUCGAAAGACCACCGACGCUUCGUUUGCAAGAACCAGAGCUGAAUUUGCAGGGUAAACAUGCAGCGGAUGAAAAACGGGUAGAAAUCUGCCUGAGUGGAUCUGAAGUGUGCUGAAGCGCUUCUUUCGCACCUUUGUUUGGCACCGUCUGCAAAAACUUCCACAAUGGCUUUGGUCAUGGAACCUGUGAGCAGGUGGUCAACAAGCCAGGUGGUCGACUGGAUGAAAGGUUUGGAUGACUGUCUGCUGCAGUACAUUAAGAACUUUGAGCAGGAAAAGGUGGGCGGUGAACAGCUGUUGAGAAUCACCCAUCAGGAGCUCGAGGAUCUGGGUGUUUCUCGAAUCGGCCACCAGGAACUCAUUCUGGAGGCCGUGGACCUGCUUUGUGCACUGAACUAUGGACUAGAAACAGAGAACCUGAAGACUCUGACCCAUAAGCUGAACUCGUCAGCUAAGAACCUGCAGAACUUCAUAAUAGGCCGGCGGAGGGGCGGUCACUAUGACGGCAGAGCCACCCGAAAACUUCCUAAUGACUUUCUGACCUCUGUAGUGGACCUCAUCGCUGCUGCCAAGAGCCUGCUGGCUUGGUUGGAUAGGUGUUAUUUCUUCAUCAGGUCUCCGUUCGCUGCCGUGGCAGACUACUCCAUGACCAGGAAUAAUGUGAUUCAGCUGUGUCUGGAGCUGACCACAAUAGUUCAGCAGGAUGGCACGGUGUAUGAGACAGAAAAUAAGAUACUGCAUGUGUGUAAGACACUGUCAGGCGUGUGUGACCACAUAAUUUCCCUCUCUUCGGACCCCAUGGUGUCCCAGGCCGCCCAUCUGGAAGUAGUACAGCUGGACAACAUCAGGUCCACAGAGGGACUGGGCAUGUACAUCAAAUCAACAUAUGACGGCCUACAUGUCAUCACGGGCACUACAGAGGGAUCGCUAGCUGACCGCUGUAAGAAAAUCCAUGCUGGUGACGAGGUCAUUCAGGUCAAUCAUCAGACAGUGGUGGGCUGGCAGCUGAAGAACCUGGUAAACUCUUUACGCAGCAAUCCUGCGGGUGUGACCCUCACGCUAAAGAAACGACCUCAAAGUACUCUCACGUCAGCCCCAGCCUUACUCAAGAACAUGAGAUGGAAGCCCCUCGCCCUGCAGCCCAUCAUUCCUCCCAGCCCCAGCAGUGGUGUGGCCACACCAUCAAGCACCCUCAGCACCCCAUCCAGACGGGACAGCUGCGCUCUACAGGACCUCUUCAUCCCCCCUCCCCCAGAUGACCCAUACACACCCAGAGACAACAUAGGAAAUCUUACCAGCAACUGCCAGCAGGCUGCUAAAGGUUCUGAUUCGCCCAACUCCUUCCUGGAUCAGGAGUGCCGGAGGCAAUUCCCCCUGUUAGAUGAGGAUGCGGUCCUGUACUGUUAUGAGUAUGAUCAGAAUCAGGGCCCUCCACCCUUACACAGGGACAGCACUACUACAUAUGGACGGCUGAGGCCUAUUUCCAUGCCUGUAGAAUAUAACUGGGUUGGAGACUAUGAAGAUCCCGCCAAGCUGACAAAAGAGAUCAGAAGAGAAAACUCCCUGCUGCGAUAUGUAAGUGAGGACAAGGCAGGGACAGAGGAGUACCACACUGGACGUCGCAGUAGUCGGCGUAGUAGAAGGAAAAGUGAGAAAGGUGCUAGCCCCGCCCACUACGCCCUAGUCCCCACCCUUCAGCAGGAAUCGCUGGCCACACCCACAUCUGAAACCUCAUCUGUCUAUCUUACAUUUGAUCGAUCGUCCAUACUUUCCCGGUCUAAGAAAGUGAAGUUAAGAGCUGGAUCCCUGCCCUCCAUUAGUAAGCGGCGAAUCUCCUGCAGGGACUUGGGUCAAGGUGAUUGUGAGGGUUGGCUCUGGAAGAAGAAGGAUGCAAAGAGUUACUUCUCUCAGAAAUGGAAGAAAUACUGGGUUGUGCUGAAAGAUGCCUGCCUAUACUGGUACACCAAUGAAGAGGAUGAGAAGGCAGAGGGCUUUGUCAGCCUACCUGAGUUCAACAUUGAUCAGGCCAACGAAUGUCGCAAAAAGUUUGCUUUUAAGGCUUGCCAUCCUAAAAUCAAGAGCUUCUACUUUGCUGCGGACAAUAUGGAUGAUAUGAAUAGGUGGCUCAGUCGACUGAACAUGGCGGCAACAGCUCACUCGGAGCAGAAGAGGAUUCGACAGGAUCAUGAUUACUGGAGCGAGAGUGACCACGAGGACGCUGAUCAGAUGUCCUCAACACCCAAACAGGAUAGCCCUCCACCUCCAUAUGACACUUACCCUCACUCCACCUCAGCAAGUCCGUUCCAGGAGUCCCAACAUAUCCGCCCACCCUCCACAGAGACCAUCCAGUCCCGCUCUCCCCUCUACGAGACACAUGGGGGCAGCGUGAGCAGCGCCAGCUCCCCUGGCCGAAAGUCUGCUAGCCAGCGGCGUUCAUGGCAGGACCUCAUCGAGACACCCCUCACCAGCUCUGGCCUCCAUUUCCUCCAGACUCUGCCAUUGGAUGACUCCGUGUUUGUCGACCCCAGUCGAUCCAUGCCCUUCGAGCUCCGCCGCCAGUCGACACUCCCUGCCCAGCACGGGCUGCCGCCAGAACACUACAUCCAACCCACUACACCCACCCAGCCCAGCCAAAAGCCCAUCACAGCUGUAGGAAGAGUAGAAGGUGGUGGAGUAGGAAGCAAGCACCGCAGUUUCACCUUGCCCCGUGACAGUGGUCUUCAUGCCAUCCUGGCUGCCACCAACACAGCUGAACACACAGAUGCACAGUGCUACCACCUGGGACUGGCCCAUGCCAGACACACAGGUCCAGAGCGGGAGCGCAGGCACCAGGCUGACUCGUUGGUGGAUUUGUACAGGGCUCUGGAGAGGACUAAUCUAUCACCUGUCAAUGAGCACAGGUCCUCUUCUCGAUUAGAGUACAAGCGAUCAUUCGUCCGCCGCUGCAAUGAUCCGUUACUUAAUGAAAAGCUGCACCGCCUGCGAAUCCUUCAGAACUCAUUCAAGGACAUCCCACUUCAAGAGGCAGAGACUAAGAUCAUCCAUCGGGAUGUGUAGCCAGAGAUGGAGAGACACAGCAGCAGUCAUUUCAUAUCUGCUAUAAAAAAAGAUUCGCUCUCUUUCCCUGGAGGGUUCAUCUUAGAAUCUUUUAUCAAACAUCUACAUCUUUCCUAAGAAAUAUUUCUCACUCUUUGACUCUUGUUGUUUUUCGUUGCAGCAUUCACAAUUGUCCUCUCAUUGCACUCACUCACUUUCUUUGCUUUGUUAUUGCACAUGAUAUUGGCAUUAUUUUGUAUGUAAACUUCUUUUCUUUUGAAUGAUUUGUGUUUGUAAUAAUGACUUUGGCCUCCAUCAGAGACCAAAUAACUGCACUUCCAAUGAACUCUAUCCUACAGCAGUCUGUCAUGUUGAAAAACAAAUUUAGGGAAAGAAUAAAACUACUGAUGUAGAAAUCUGAUUUGCAUGGCCAUUGUCUGGUUAAUAGAUUUUCUGUUUGUGAUGUUUCUUAACUGAGAGUGUUAAUUCCAGUUUGACAGGAUGCAAUGAUUGCGUGUCUGUGUGUGGUUGUGUGUUGAAAGCCUUGGUUUGUUGUAAAUAAUGUAUGUUGUAAUAUUCUGACCGUUUGCACCCUAGCAGCAAGGUUCUUGCAAUAAUGUUGAACUAAAACGAUUAGUUUAACACUGUCUAUUUUUGUAAGCAUGAUAUUUAUUGAGAUGUUUGUACAUCGUUUUGUAUGCUCAAAUAUGUUUUAUCUGAAGAUAACUGCAGGCGUAAAUUCCUUUUCAUGUGUUCCUGAAAGAUCUUUAACAAAAUGAAACUUUCAUGUGAAAGUGCCAGUGUUCUAGUAUCUCCAAAAAAGUAAUUUUAUCAAUAAAUUGUUUGAUGUUUUGA